UUAAUGCUUCUAUUAAAGCAUUCCAAAACAGAUUAAUUCAAUAUUAUACAAUUAUCAGAAAAAAUCAGCCAAUUGAAGCUGAUCAACAAAGUGUAUCUAAUCAUUUCAAAGUAUCAAAUCAAUCUCAUACAAGCUCAUCUAGAUGUUUAUUUGGCUUGGGUCAAUUAAUAUUUAUAAGUAUUAGCCUUACUAUCUAG